GUAAAGCUGUGACCAUGAUGGCUGUGUUGAUGCAGAACCACUUGGUUGUCCUUUUAGCAGUGACCUACUGGUCUUUGCCCAGUUCCUCUCUGAACCCAGAUGAUCCAAACGUCUGCAGCCACUGGGAGAGCUACUCGCUGACGGUGCAGGAGUCCUAUGCGCAUCCAUUUCAUCAGAUUUAUUACACCAACUGUCCAGACAUCCUGAAGUGGUUCAAGUGCACCAACCACAGGGAGCUUUAUCGGACAGCUUAUCGCACAGGAGAGAAAAUCAUGUACAGGAGGAAGUCCCAGUGUUGCCCAGGCUUCUUCGCAGAUGGAGAGACGUGCGCCCCGUAUUGUGCAGACAGCUGUGUUCAUGGCAGUUGUAUGGCACCCAACACCUGUCGAUGUGAACCAGGCUGGGGGGGCUCUAACUGUUCCAGUG